UUUUCGUAUUAUUUUAAAGGCGCUCGCAGAUGCAUUUUCGACAAGUUUUGAAGAAAACAACAGCGUAAAUCUCUUCUCCGUCGUGCGAAGUAUAAUCGAGUUGGAACUGUGUUCGUAACGGGGGACGAGCUAGACGGAAAACUAGUUUUCGCGUCCAAUUUUGUUCAUCGACGGAUGGCUAAUCCAUUGCAGCGGAUCUGGAGCAACAGUCGUGCUCUUCGUGGUACUGUGGCUCCUUUCUGCAGGCCAUUUUCUUCUGAUUCCUUGGUUCAAUUGAAGCCCGGCGAGAUCGGCAUGGUCUCUGGAAUUCCAGACGAACACCUUACCAGAAGGGUUGUAAUUUACUCUCCUGCUAGAACUGCAUCCCAGCAAGGAUCAGGCAAGGUUGGCAAGUGGAAAAUCAAUUUUAUGUCAACACAAAAGUGGGAAAACCCAUUGAUGGGGUGGACUUCUACUGGGGACCCUUACGCCAACGUAGGGGAUUCGGCACUGUCUUUUGAUAGUGAGGAAGCUGCAAAGGAAUUUGCUGACAAACAUGGAUGGGAAUAUGUGGUUAAGAAGCACCACACACCACUUUUGAAGGUGAAGGCAUAUGCGGACAAUUUCAAGUGGAAGGGCCAUCCUGAAGCCAAGGAGGCUUAAACCUUAUUCUUCACUCUUUCUCGUCUAGUUGGAGGCGGAACAGACUGGAGGGUUUGUGUAGUUCAUUUCGUUGCUUAUUUUUGAGGAAGUUGGUUAUAAUAAGUGGGAACGGUGGUGUUUACUCACUUGACCUUGUAACUUUUGUUCUCUUUACAUUACCAUUACAGAACAUCGAAUGAAGUUCGUAUGCAUUUAAACCAGUGGUAAUUAACUUGUGGAACCCUUUUGAC